CUUUUAAUUCCUUAGAUACUCUUCCCAAUAAACUGAUCGAAUGUGGAGAAACCUUUAAGUGUGACAUUUGAAGACAUUAGCAAUCAAUAGGUCACUUAUUCUGGAGAGACACUAGAGAUGAAGGUGCUACAGCACUCAGAACACACACUGAAAACCGCUCUUAUCUCUCAGAACCCGGUGCUUGUGUCACAGUAUGAGAAGUUAGAUGCUAGAGAACGACGUUUGAUGAACGAAGCCUUCCAGCCGUCCAGUAAUCUCUUUGGACCAAUUACUGUGCAUUCACAGUCAGAUUGGAUCACCUCCCACCCUGAAGUUCCCCAGGAUUUCGAACAGUUUUUCACUGAUCGCCACAGAAACAUACCCUGUCCGGAGAAACACAUUAUCUAUAUGCAGUCCAUUGGCUCUCUCGGCAACACCAGAGUUAUCAGUGAAGAAUAUAUUAAAUGGCUCAAGGGCUACUGUGAAGCAUUUUUCUAUGGUUUGACUGUAAAAUUCUUAGAACCGGUUUCAGUCUCUGCAACGAAGUGUUCCUUUAGAGUGAACGAGCACACACACAACCUACAAAUCCAUGCAGGGCACAUCCUGGCAUUCUUGAAAAAGAAGAAACCCAAAGAUGCCUUCUGCAUCGUGGGGAUAACAAUGAUCGAUCUUUACCCACGGGACUCCUGGAAUUUUGUCUUUGGACAGGCCUCUUUGACAGAUGGUGUAGGGAUAUUCAGCUUUGCCAGGUACGGCACGGAUUUCUACAGCUCCCGAUAUGAAGGCAAAGUGAGCAAGCCCCAGCGAACAUCUUCCAGUGACUAUUCCGUUUUUGAUAACUAUUACAGUCCUGAGAUCACUAGUAUUUUGCUGUGGCGAUCCUGUAAGACUUUAACCCAUGAGAUUGGACACAUAUUUGGACUGCGACACUGCCAGUGGCUUGCCUGCUUAAUGCAAGGCUCCAAUCACUUGGAAGAAUCUGAUCGGCGGCCUCUAAACCUUUGCCCCAUCUGCUUACGCAAGCUGCAGGUUGCUCUUGGCUUCAGUGUUGUAGAGAGAUACAAAGCACUGCUGACGUGGAUUGAUGAGGGAUCUAAGGACUCGUCACGAGCAACUCCGAGAGAGAGUUCUGACCGUGUGAAUUUGCAGAAACCUGUGGAAGCCUUUCAGGACUGGAGAGAAUGGAUAAUAAAAUGCAUUGCUGUUCUGGAAAAAUAAGGACUUUGAGAUAGGUGUAGCUGAAACAAAUACCAGCACACUAGGUGUUUGUGGCUAGAGUACUUCAUUGGAAUAAACCUUCUACUGGUUCUAUGCUGAUGCCAGGUAACAGACUAGAAGCUUCUUUGAAGCCCCUGGACCGGAAUAAGGUUGACUGAGAACAAGGAAAACCCUCUCUGCCCUUCUCUCCUGUCUCACUAGGCUGGUCAGUGGCAGUGAGCCCAUCACUUCCUUGCUUCAAAUUGGAUUAGCUGAAGCUAGGAGGUAAAUAAACAAACACUUUUAAAAUGA